UAUUGUGGACUAUUGAAGCUUGAAACUGAAAGAGAAGUGAAGAUCGAAAAACACAAAAAUGGAGGAAGCAUCUAAAACCAUUGCACACCAAAUCGGAGGUAUCCAAAACGACGUGCUUCGAUUCGGACUCCCCGGAGUCAAAAGCGACAUUGUUGGCUCUCACCCUCUCGAAUCAUCUCUCCAAUCUGUAAGGGGAGUGGAAGAAGCUAUGAAGAGGCAAUGCAAAGUGAAUCUGUAUGGAGCUGCUUUUCCACUGAAGGAGGAGCUUGAUAGGCAAAUACUUUCUCGGUUCCAGAGGCCUCCUGGGGUAAUUCCUUCUUCAAUGCUGGGUUUAGAGACUGUUACAGGAAGUCUUGAUCACUUUGGUUUCGAGGAUUUUCUAAAUGGUGAUAUGACUUGCCUUUCUUUUUUCUUUUGGAUGUACUACCUUGGUUUCGAACUGAUUUCAGAAUUUGCAUCUGUACCGAAUUGGGGUGGGCUGCCACGGUUAAUUCUUGCACUUUUGGUUGAUGGAAUGUAA